GUAGAGUGCUUUAGGCAAAAGCAUGUUAAAGAUUCAUACUUCAAACGUUUGAAAAUAUUCUUUUUGACAAGAGCUAUGGACAUCCUUAGUACUUUACUUUUGUUAGGUUUGGUAAUGGCUCUUUUGAUAAUACUUAGAUGGAGAAAUAAACCAGUUAAUCUUCCUCCAGGACCUACAGCUUUUCCUGUAUUUGGAAAUAUUCUCACCUUGGACAAUCGCGCACCCUUUAAAACCUUUGUAAAGUGGAGUAAGACUUAUGGUCCAGUCAUGACAGUAUAUUUGGGAUUCCGGAGAGUUGUUGUCCUUGUGGGUUAUGACACAGUAAAAGAAGCCCUUGUUGACAAUGCGGAUGAUUUUGUUGGCCGAGCCCCUGUUCCGUUCAUGCAGAGAGUUUUGAAAGGCUAUGGCAUUGCUAUCAGUAAUGGAGAUCGGUGGCGACAGCUCAGGAGGUUCACACUCUCUACACUGAGAGAUUUCGGAAUGGGACGGAAGAGGAUGGAGGGGUGGAUACAGGAAGAGAGCAGACACUUGCUGGACACCAUCAAAAACACUAACUCUGCUCCGUUUGAUCCCACCUUCUACCUGAGCAGAGCUGUGUCCAAUAUCAUCUGUGCACUGGUUUUUGGCCAACGCUUCAGUUAUGAAGAUAGCCACCUCCUACGUCUGCUUCAGAUCAUCUCUGGAAUACUGCGGUUUGGCAGCAGCACAUGGGGACAGUUGUAUAAUGUAUUUCCCUGGCUGGUUGAACGAUUUCCUGGUAAGCACCUUAACACUAUAAAUGAUGUGGAUGAACUCAAGACGUUUUCUAGGCGCAAAGUGCAGGAGCACAAAGACAGUUUGGACCCUGACAACCCACGAGACUUCAUCGACUGCUUCCUCAUCCGUCUCACCCAAGAAAAGGACAGUCCCAAUACAGAGUUUCAUUAUGAAAAUUUGAUAGCCAGUGUCUUAAACUUAUUUCUGGCUGGGACUGAGAGCACUAGCACUACUAUAAGAUAUGCUCUGAUGUUACUGAUCAAGCAUCCUGAAAUACAGACUCGCAUGCAGAAAGAGAUUGACACUGUGAUUGGACAAGGAAGAAGCCCUUUAAUGGAAGACAGGAAGUCCCUUCCUUUUACUGAUGCAGUAAUCCAUGAAGUGCAACGCUAUAUAGAUCUUGUGCCGCUUGGUAUUCCUCAUUACACAACACAUCACAUUAAAUUCAGAGGAUACACAAUUCCAAAGGACACAGUAAUCCUCCCCUUGCUUCACUCUGUUCUGAGGGAUGAGGAACACUGGGAGAGGCCGUGGACAUUUGAUCCCAAACACUUUUUGGACACAAACGACAACUUUAAAAAGAAUCCUGCUUUCCUGCCUUUUUCUGCAGGAAAGAGGUCCUGUGUGGGAGAGUCUCUGGCACGUAUGGAGCUGUUUAUUUUCCUGGUGACUCUGCUGCAACAUUUCACCUUUACCACACCUGAGGGACCUGAAAGCAUUGAUGCCACUCCUGAAAUCAGCGGCUUUGCUAACCUGCCCCGCAAAUACCAGCUUAUCGCUACCCCGCGCUGAACUAGGACAUUAUUGCAGGCUGAUAGGGCAGAUUUUCUAGCAUUAGUGCAAACACUCAACAAAAUGUUCCCUUUCUGUCCUUUUUAGUGCAGAGAAUAGAUCAUGAUAAUUAAAAUAAUUAUAGAGAAUGAAGGGUCACUACAGUAUGUGGCGAAAGUAUGUGGACAUGUGCUCUGAGGUCAUGGUCGCUCAUAAUUUUUUCCAAACA